AUGGUGACCGCGGAGACUGCUCGGAGUAUCGUGGGGAUUACAGGUGCUUGAGGAGUACCUAUGCUUCGAUGGAUUUGCUAGGGUUUUUUGUCCCUUCGAUCUCUCUAUUGUUCUGAUGCUUAACCGAUAAAACGCCUGACCACUGGACGGGUGAUGAAGCACUGAGUUAGAUAAAUUUGCGUGCAUGAAAUGCUUCGUGAGUUGAUCUCGGACAUGAAAAUAGUAUCGACACCAGAAGGACGUACUACUUUGGCGCUUCUUUUGGUGUUCUGCUGUUCUGCUCCUAUUAAACCGACAGUGACACUGGAAUUUUCCUUCAGUGUGCUCCUGCAUUGAUCACAGGCGUUCUCGUGAUUCUAACUACUUUCACUUCUUUCUCUCUCUCUAGGGAAUGUGAUCUCGUUCGGGCUCUUCCUCUCUCCUCUGUAAGCCCCUUCGUCUACUCUUAGGCAGGAUCCCAGCGGUUCCUCUCAAGCGUCUGCCAUCGAUCUUGGAUCUGACGAUGGAUGCACGUUGGGUUAAUCGUUUGAUGGAGAUUCCAGCAGAGGCCGUGGAUCGUUUAUCGGCAUCUCCAUGUCCUGUGUCGUUAAUUAACGAAAACCCACGUUAUCUUUGUGUCUCAGGCCAACCGUCUACAAGAUAUGUGAGAAGAAGGCAGUGGAGGGCUUCUCACCGAUCCCCUACCUAGCCACCCUUCUCAACUGCAUGAUGUGGGUCCUCUACGGCAUCCCCCUCGUCCACCCCCACAGCCUUCUCGUCGUCACCAUCAACGGCACCGGCCUCCUCCUCCAGACCAUCUACCUCACCAUUUUCAUUCUCUACUCCACUCCCCCUCUCAGGGUAACGUACUCAUCGGGCUACUCCUUUUCCGGUCUCCUCUUUUUUUAUUUUUUGCUUCAUCGAUGCCGUUCCGUUCCUGAAUUUCCUCUUCCCAUCCACGAUGGUGCGAUCGACAGCGCAAGGUUCUAAAGUUCGUCUCGGCUGAGAUUCUGUUCAUGAUGGCCGUGGUGAUUGGAGUUCUCAUGGGAGCUAAAACCCAUGAGAAGAGGUCGCUCAUCGUCGGGGUGAUGUCCGUCGUCUUCGGCACCUGCAUGUAUGCCUCGCCGCUGGCUGCCAUGGUUAGAUUCUCCGCACUCGCUCGUCUCGCUUCCCACCUACCUGCAUGCCUUCACUGACCGAUCGCUCAUUCCAAAAACCUCGGCCCCCGCCUUGAGAUCCUAUUCUUCGAUUGCAGAGGCUUGUAAUCAGGACAAGAAGUGUCGAGUACAUGCCCUUCUCUAUCUCCAUGGCAUCGUUCCUGAACAGCAUCUGCUGGACGCUCUAUGCCGUCAUCCGCUUCGACAUCUUCAUCACCGUGAGCCGACGCCAUCCUAUUUCUCCUGGACUCUCUAUACCCGUUCAGUGCAGCCUUUGACGGCCCUCCUACUGGGCCAUUCUCCUUCUGGACUUUUCCUCCUCGCAGAUCCCCAACGGGCUUGGGACCCUGCUCAGCUUGGCGCAGCUCGUGUUGUACGCCACCUACUACUAUUCGUCGACGCCGCCCAAGGACGAGCCCAAGCUGGACCUCCAGCUGCCGACUGCGACGGUCGCCCCUCGCAACGACAACGCGAUCCCCUUCAUCUCCACACGAUGA